AAUGUCAAAAUUAUAAAUCAACCAGAUUGAGCUAUGGCGAUGGCGAUAGCGAUGGUGUGAGGCGCGUACAACCAAUGUCUAAAUUCCGAGCUUCUUCUUCAACUAUUUUCUUCUGCAACCAAAAAAAGCUACUUUGCGCCAUGCUCGUAGCCAAGAAUUUUCUAAUCUGUCAAAGGAUAGUUCUCUGCUUCAGUACUUCCAAAAAUUCGAUCGCAAGAACACUGAAACCUUAUUCAAGCACAGCAAGUCAAGCCAUCUCUGCCAAAGUCAGCAAGUUUGUGAUUUACUGCAACAAGCAGAUAACGAGCCAUGGCCGAAGCGGGAACACCAGGCAAGCCGAGUUGCUAUUCCAGCGUAUGCCGGAGAAGACUAUCGUUUCUUACACAGCAAUGCUGACGGCCUACGCGAACAAUGGGGAGAUAGCCAAUGCCCGGAAGUUGUUCGACGAAAUGCCGCAACGGACUGUGGAAGCAUGGAACGCCAUGAUUACAGCUUACAUAAAGAGCAAGGACAGAGUGAGUGGUGCUGAAGAGGCUUUAAGGUUGUUUGUCGAAAUGCCGGCUCGAAACGCAAUAUCGUAUACAACAAUGGUGAUGGGAUUCGUAAAUGCCGGAAGGUUUGAUGAAGCUGAGAGAUUGUAUGCAGAAACGCCAUUGAAAUGGCGGGAUCCGUAUUGCUCGAAUGUUCUGAUGAAUGGAUAUUUCAAAUUCGGGAAAGUUGAGGAAGGCGUUAGGAUAUUCGCGGGCAUGGUGGAGAAGAACGUCGUUUCUUGGAGCUCGAUGGUGGACGGAUACUGUAAAAUUGGGAGAUUGGACGAGGCUAGAAAGUUAUUCGAUUCGAUUAAAGAGUGUGCAAAUCAAUUCACAUGGUGUUCGAUGAUCGAUGGUUAUUUGAAAUCCGGACAUUUUGAAGAAGGUUUUCGAUUGUUCUCGCAAAUGAGAGAGGAAACUAAAGUGAGAAUCGAACCUACUAUUGCGACCGUGCUUUUGGAGUCGUGCGGAAAAAUCGGAAGGUAUAAAGAAGGGUGUCAAGUACACGGAUUGGUUUCGCGAUCGGGAUUGGAGUUCGAUGUAUUUUUAGGAAAUUCUAUCGUAGCAAUGUAUUCCCGGUUUGGUCGUGCGAACGAGGCGAGAAUUAUGUUUGAUUCGAUGAGUUCGAAAGAUGUCGUGUCGUGGAAUUCAUUGAUUUACGGUUAUGUUCAAGCUGGAAGGCUCGAAGAGGCGUACGAACUUUUCGAGAAGGCGGAUUCGAAAGAUUUAGUCUCGUGGACAACGUUAAUCGCCGGAUUCUCGAAUCGUGGUUUCACCGAAAAAGGUGUUUGGCUGUUAAGUAAGAUGCCGGAAUGGGACGAUGUUUCUUGGACAGCUCUUAUAUCCGGAUUCGCGAGCAACGGAGAAUACGAAGACGCUAUUCAUUGGUUUGUUCGUAUGCUACGGAAUACGAUCAAACCUAACCCCCUUACGUUGAGUACCGUACUUAGCGCUUCGGGUAAUUUGUCGAUCUUGAGCCUUGGCCUACAAAUCCAUUCCUUUUCAUCGAAAACGGGCGUCGAAAUCGAUCUAUCGAUUCAAAAUUCGCUUAUCUCAAUGUACGCAAAGUGCGGAAGUGUACACGACGCCUACCGGAUAUUCCAAUCUGUCGCCACGCCGAACGUCGUCACUUUCAAUUCGAUGGUUUCGGGUUUCGCCCACAACGGAUACGGUGGAGAAGCGCUCAACGUGUUUCGGCGAUUGAUCGUAGAAGGACACGAGCCCAACGAAGUCACGUUUCUCGGCGUUCUAUCCGCUUGCACCCAUGCCGGGCUCGUCAACGAGGGUAAGAAGUUCUUUAAUUCGAUGAAAUCGUUCUUUAAAAUCGAGCCUACGCUCGAUCAUUACGCGUGCAUGGUCGAUCUUUUGGGUCGAGCUGGGUUAGUCGACGAAGCGUCGAAAUUGAUCGCGUCGAUGCCCGUCGAGCCUCAUAUUGGUGUGUGGGGUGCUCUUCUCGGGGCGUGCCGCAGCUACGUGCAUCCCGAUCUUGCCGAGGUUGCGACUCGGCGGAUAUUAGAAAUCGAACCGGACAAUGCGGCUGCGUACGUGGCGUUGUCGGAUAUUUAUAGUUUCGUCGGGAAUCGAAGGGGUGAAGAGGAAGUCAGAUUGUCGAAGAGGUUUAAAGGUGUUAAGAAGAGCCCUGGUUGCAGUUGGAUUACUGUAAGGGAUAAGGUUGAAGUGUUCCUUUCUGGAGAUAAAUCUGUUAUGAAGUUUGAAGAGAUUAAGAAUACUAUGUCGAUUGUUAUGCACGAGAUGUUGUCGGGUUUGGCGUGCACUGAUGUGGACUUGUUGUCCCCUUAAGAAGCAAGAAGAUUGAAUGAUGUGCGUAUAGAUGUACGUCCGAGUUUAGAUUUUUUUUCUUUUUUUAUUUCAAAUUUUUCGAUUGGCCAAUGCGAAUACGACUCGAAAUGAAUUAUAUGAACGGGCUCUCGGUGUUCAAAUUUGUGAAAAUCAAAAUAAAAUG